AUGUGGAAACUGGAUCUCUUUUGUGCACACAUCCACUGUGAGGACGUGUUUGGCAUUGUGGGAGAAAAUUUUUCUUUUCCAGUAAAAAUAGACCGAAGAAUAGUGGAAAUUACUUGGACAAAAAACAAGGACAAAGUGGCUGAAUGGGAGGGGGAAAGAGAAGCAACAUAUUAUACUUCUCUCCUUAACAGAGGCUUGCUUGACAAGGAGAAUGGAUGCUUAACUAUAUAUAAUUUGGAGAGCAGUGACAAUGGCACAUAUGUGUUACACUACUUGCAUACUGUGGAAGAAAACUAUGACUUAACUUUUGACCUUUUUGUGUUAGAUCCCCCUUCAGAACCUGAAAUAAGUUGCAACAUCAGUGGCGACAACUUUGUGUUAAAAUGUGCAGCACGUUUCCAGCAGCCUCUGGAUUAUACUUGGAAUUUCAGUACCACACGAGACGUUUAUCAGAAUCAGGAGAUUAUAAUCCCUAAGAAGAAUGUUGAUGGUUCUGAGAAAGCUACAUGUGUCAUUAAAUUCUCUCAAACAGAAAAGAGCUCUGAAAUAUCUUUGACUCGAUGUUUUCCAGAAGAAACAGGAGGCAGCUACAAUGAAAGAAGCAGAGAUGGUCUUAUGGCAGCUUUUGUUCUCUUCUUCAUUGCUAUUGCAGUACUACUAGUACUCGUGUACAGAAGAGGCUAUUGUGCUACCUCCAGACACAUUCCUAGAAAGGAUUUCUGUGUAUCUACAGCUGUCAAUUAUGAAGAUGAAAAGUCUGAAGCAGACAAAGAAUUGAACAAAGAGGACAGUUCCCAGAAAGACGAGCAGACGGUUAACAAUUGUGUGAAUCAGGAAGACAUCUCUAAGGAGGAGAACAGCAGCUUGCUGUCCAAGCAUGCAGUUGACCAUGGUAUAAAUGAAGGAGAAGUGACGGUGGAUGUGGAAGGUGGAAAUGGGGAGCAUCUGAGAAACUCUCGCAGCUGCAGUGAAGAAGAUCUUAAAUCGUAA